AUGUUGAAUGAGAUCUCUUCUCAAUUUUGGAAUUCAAUUAAACGAUUUGAAAUUCGUUGUGCUGGACCAAUUUGUAUACAUUAUAAUCUCAAUGAAUUGACUAUGAAAUAUCUUAGAAAUUAUACAAUUGAAUAUCUUCUACUUGAUGUUGGGCAUCUUCCAUUGCCUUCAAUUUAUGAAUGUUUAAACUUUCAAGAAUUAUGUUUUUUAAUGAUAACAAGUGAUUUUAUCAGUAAAAUUCGUAAUGUUCGACAUGUUCAUCUCAUUAUUAUUAAUGAAGACAAUCUCAAGAAAUUGUUAAGUGCAAGCGAAUGGACGAGAUUAGCAAUUAUAUGUCAUCAAUUGAAGAAAAUAACAUUGCAAAUUAUGAGAAGUAUAUUAGAAGACCAACAAUUAACAAAGAAAAUUGCAUAA